UUCUCUUAUCCUCUUUUUAUAUUUCUCUAGAAAGAUGCAAUCGCCGUGCCCCCAUCUCUGCAAGAGCUUCACUUCUUCUCCGCUCCCAUUCCACGACCACCACUUCCACCAUCUUCAGCUAGGUUUUCAGCAUGCUCUUCCCACGAUCACCGGAGCCCGAAAGAUACGUUCUUCGUUCUGCUAUCUCCUUCGAACGAACCGCGACGGCCGGAGCAAAGUCUUCGCGCAGAGUUACAGACCCGACGGUGGUAACAGUCAUCCGGGGAACAAAGGGAAGGUGACGCUGAAGGGAAAGAAGGAGAACAUAUGGAGCGUGGAUAACGAGAUGGCGGAGAAGGAUAAGAUGAAGCCGAAGGGGAAGCCGAAGGGGAAGAGGAGAGGGAAGAGGCUCGCUAGAGGGAGGAAGGGUAAAGGUGAUCGGUUUAUGGUUUCUGGUGCGAUGUUGAUGGAGAUAGAAACUGUUCUUCAGACACAGGAACCUGUAAUAAAACCAGCAUGGAACACAUUUGCAAGCAGUGUAUGUGGGAUAUGGAAGGGCGUGGGAGCUGUCUUCUCGCCUAUAACAGGGGAGAUGGAGCCGAUUGAAAUAGGGAACAAGAAUGAGAAUCUUUAUGACUGUUAUACCCUUUCUCGGAUUCAGGCGAUGCUGCCGCCAUCUGGUGGACCGGCAUCUGAAAUACAGCGGAAGAUAAAUUGGGUGACUUUGAAUCCUUAUGGAGAGUUGUUUCGGAUGACUGAAAGUAAAGAAGAGUUGAAAACUGAAAAUGCUUCCUCACCUGCAAGGGGAAUGGCUGACCAGAGUGUUGCAGAUGGUGUUUUGCCCAAGUUUGAGUCUUUUGACAUGAAAGCUAGUGAUGUUAUGGAAGAAGAUAUCAUGGGCAACGAGCCUGGUCUUGUUUACUUUGAGGAUGGAUCCUAUAGCAGAGGUCCAGUCACAAUCCCUGUUGGAGAGGCUGUUGAAUCUAACUACUAUCUCACGCCGACAUUCAAGUUCGAACAGUGUCUUGUGAAGGGUUGCCACAAGAGACUGCGGGUUGUUCACACGAUAGAAUUUGCCAAUGGUGGUGCUGAGAUACAGAUAAUGAGAGUUGCUGUUUAUGAAGAGCAGUGGGUCAGUCCUUCACAUCUUGCUGACCAGAGUGACACGGCUCUGGAGGUGAAGCCAUUCUCCCAGAGGAAACGGACACAACCUUCAGAGCUAACGGGCUCGUGGAAAGUAUUUGAAGUAAGUGCCACUCCAAUCUAUGGCGAAGAUGAAACCGAGACUGGUGAAGGCAAUGACACUCCGUAUGUGUAUCUGUGCACUGAGACCAUGAAGAAGAGGAACUUACCGGAAACGUCGGUCCCGUUUGGAGAGGAAGAGAUGAUGGAUAUGCAGGACGUGACGAUUAUGUGGCUACCGGGCGGUGUGACGGCAUACGUGGACGUGAAGGAAGAAGGUAUAUUGUGUGUAGGCGUGGGAUGGUACUCAGACGAGGGAAUAAACCUUGUAAUGGAGAGAGAUUACGGCUUGGACGGCCUGCUUAAGGAAGUCAGAUGGAAAUCUGAGGUCAAGAGACGUUGGAGUGAUCCACUUCCUGUCUAGGACCAAUCUCUCUCUCUCUCUCUCUCUCUCUCUCUCUGUUUGUCCCAAGAUGUUACAGUGCAAGUACAUAAAACUGAAUAUGUUUAUCCCACGGUGUUAAUCUAAGGUGGGGGCUGGAUUCGUUCGAAACAGGGAAAAGGUCAAGUGUUGAUUUUUUU